AAAACACAAUUUGCCUCAGUCGGUGAGAUUGCCUUCCCCAGUGCAAAUCAGCAAUUGAAAUAAAAAAUCGCAAAAAUCGUAAAAUUAAAAAAAGGAAUAAGUUUUCAAGUUUUCUAAAACCUGUGCAUGUGAAACCAACCAAAUGCCUUGUAAAAGGAGGUCGGCCAGUUGCCGACCAGCACCUAAAGACUAUGAGAACCAAGAGGUCCACACAAGACGUUCGAGUUCCCGUGCCAGGGCGACACCAUUGAAGAGCCCCAUCGAGGCCACCAAUCACAACGUUUCAUAUCCAACCGGCAAUCAGAAAUGUGAAACCAAACCGAAUUCCAAAAAUGUUUCGCAGAAAGGGCAAACGCCACAGCUAAUGACAGAAAGCGCUGGGAAACUUGAUCCGGAGCCAAAGAGAAAACGGCAGGCAGCAAUCACUAAUACCAGAUCCUCACGUUUGGAUGAGUUAGGGAAAGGAGUAAAUACCAAAGAUGGCCCACAAGGUUCAGUUAAUUAUGCCAGGCCACUUCAAAAUACUUUGCGAGGUACGACAAACAGUCAGAGCAAUACGAACGAUGAGCAAAAGCCGGCUGCACCUGCAAAGCCAAACGUAACAAUUCGUACGAGACCAGCGCGUAGAUGUACACAGAAAAAAGAAAUUGUAGCUGACCCUGUUGACCUGGCUGAGAAUAAAAUUUUUAAGAUACCGGACUCUUCUUCCAAUAUGGUUGUGGGAAAACUUACCCAGAGGACUUCAACGGCUCAAGAAAAUCAAAAUAAAGGUAAGAACAUAAAUUACUCCAAAGAAAGCUAUGCUCCACCACAUUUGGACAAUAAAGCUGUAAACUUAAUCCAAGCCAAUAAUAAUAGAUCUUCAAAGUUGCCUCAGACCAUUCCCAAAAAUGUACCGAACAAGAAUUUGGAUGCAGAGUCCAGCUCUCAAGCUUACUUUUCAGAGUCGGAAGGAAAGACAUAUUUAAGACGUCAGACUGAGAGGAAUUUCUAUUCAAAGCCAAGCCAAACGGGUUACUAUUCGGAAUCAGAAGGGACAAAUGGAAGACAAGUGCAGAAUAACACAGCGGCUGUAUAUCCAAAGCCAAACCAAACAGGUUACUAUUCGGAAUCAGAAGGGACUAAUGGCAAAAAUAUGCAGAAUAGCACAGCGGCUUCCUAUCCAAAGCCAACCCAAACAGGUUACUAUUCGGAAUCAGAAAAGACAAAUGGAAGACCUAUGCAGAAUAAAACAGCGGCUGUAUAUCCAAAGCCAAACCAAACAGGGUACUAUUCGGAAUCAGAAGGGACAAAUGGAAGACCUAUGCAGAAUCAAACAGCGGCUUCCUAUCCAAAGCCAACCCAAACAGGUUACUAUUCGGAAUCAGAAGGGACAAAUGGAAGACCUAUGCAGAAUAAAACAGCGGCUUUCAAUCCAAAGCCAAACCAAACAGGUUACUAUUCGGAAUCAGAAGGGACUAAUGGCAGAAUAAUGCAGAAUAUCACAGCAGCUUCCUAUCCAAAGCCAAACCAAAUAGGUUACUAUUCGGAAUCAGAAGGGACAAAUGGAAGACCUAUGCAGAAUAAAACAGCGGCUGUAUAUCCAAAGCCAAACCAAACAGGGUACUAUUCGGAAUCAGAAGGGACAAAUGGAAGACCUAUGCAGAAUCAAACAGCGGCUUCCUAUCCAAAGCCAACCCAAAUAGGUUACUAUUCGGAAUCAGAAGGGACAAAUGGAAGACCUAUGCAGAAUAAAACAGCGGCUUCAUAUCCAAAGCCAAACCAAACAGGUUACUAUUCGGAAUCAGAAGGGACUAAUGGCAAAAAUAUUCAGAAUAGCACAGCGGCUUCCUAUCCAAAGCCAAACCAAACAGGUUACUAUUCGGAAUCAGAAGGGACAAAUGGAAGACCUAUGCAGAAUCAAACAGCGGGUUCCUAUCCAAAGCCAAACCAAAUAGGUUACUAUUCGGAAUCAGAAGGGACAAAUGGAAGACCUAUGCAGAAUAAAACAGCGGCUUCAUAUCCAAAGCCAAACCAAACAGGUUACUAUUCGGAAUCAGAAGGGACUAAUGGCAAAAAUAUGCUGAAUAGCACAGCGGCUUCCUAUCCAAAGCCAAACCAAACAGGUUACUAUUCGGAAUCAAAAGGGUCAAAUGUAAGACAAAUGCAGAAUAACACAGCGGCUUCCUAUCCAAAGCCAAACCAAAUAGGUUACUAUUCGGAAUCAGAAGGGACAAAUGGAAGACCUAUGCAGAAUAAAACAGCGGCUUUAUAUCCAAAGCCAAACCAAACAGGUUACUAUUCGGAAUCAGAAGGGACUAAUGGCAAUAAUAUGCAGAAUAGCACAGCGGCUUCCUAUCCAAAGCCAAACCAAAUGGGUUACUAUUCGGAAUCAGAAGGGACAAAUGGAAGACCUAUGCAGAAUAAAACAGCGGCUUUAUAUCCAAAGCCAAACCAAACAGGUUACUAUUCGGAAUCAGAAGGAACAAAUGGAACCCCUAUGCAGAAUCAAACAGUGGCUUUCUAUCCAAAGCCAAACCAAACAGGUUACUAUUCGGAAUUAGAAGGGACUAAUGGCAAAAAUAUGCAGAAUAGCACAGCGGCUUCCUAUCCAAAGCCAAACCAAACAGGUUACUAUUCGGAAUCAGAAGGGACAAAUGGAAGACCUAUGCAGAAUCAAACAGUGGCUUUCUAUCCAAAGCCAAACCAAACAGGUUACUAUUCGGAAUCAGAAGGGAGUAAUGGCAGAAAUAUGCAGAAUAGCACACCGGCUACUAGAGGUUCUAAAGCUCAAAUCAACUCGAAAGCGAAACUGGAGAAUUUAGUCUUGUCGGAAAACGUUAACAGACCUUUUAUAAACGUGGGCUUCAAUCAAAAUCUCCCGGUACAGAAAGUAUACAUAGCACAUAAACCGAGUUCAGGAACAUCGUCGCAGCAUAAUCCAGCUGAAUAUAAUCUCUUCACCAAGCCAGGGCCUGUUCCUCCCAGCAACUACAGCUAUCAGAAGGACGAAAUAAGAGAAAGUCGUGAAGUGCACCCAAGACAGGAACCAGCUUACAACUCCAUGCCCCAAAACAAAAGUCAAUAUGUACAUCAGCCCCUUAUGAGCAACCAAGCACAAAGUAAACCCGAUAGUACUGUUUGGAACAAAGAUAUCAGACUUUUAGAAAUACUUUCUCAAACCGAAACUAGAAAAGAAAAUCAUGAAGCUGCUAAAAAGCCACCGGCUAGAAGUUCUAACGUAUCUCAAUAUCUUAUCGAUCUUGGCUUCACUGACGAUAGUAUAAGUAGCCCUAACGUCGAGAAAACCAAUACCGCUGGUAGCAAAGAGCAGGACGAGAUUGAUAGACGCCUGAAUGCUGAACUGGAGUCUCUGUUUGCAACUGAUGAGCUGCCACGUCCACCUCCAACUACACCUUCCCUAGCACAGAUUCCACCAGAGCUGAAGAUAGUUGAAAGGUCACUUCCGCGGUCAUCGAAUCCCAAGAAAAUAGAGGCUGAAAUUGAUGCACGCCUUCAGGCGGAACUGGAUUCUUUGCCCAUGGUAGCGGCUGAAGACACGAACGAAUCCCUGAAGGAACCAUUAUAUAAAACUCACCCAUACACUCGCGUACCUACAGUCAGGAACCUGGCGGAGAAUCAAGCUUUUCCAAAACAGAAUCAGACAUGCAUUCCUGCUCAACCAGCUGCACCAUCCAAUAAUAUGGUUAAAAAUAUCACGGAGAUGGGAAAAGCUGGCGUUGUUCAGAUGGCAAAUACUCCGCUAGCUUCAAGUCAAAGUCAACAACGCGCCUUGUCACAAGGGCCGAUAAUCACGCGACUUAAGAGUGCUCAGGGUGAGGAAAUAGCCGUCAAGUAUACCACGGGUCCGGAUGGACUAAUUACCAAUGUGCAAAUGGUGCCACCAGGUAUGGGAAUAGGUCAACUGAAGAUCACCGAACUGGAGAGUUUUACGGCCAGCCAACUGCAUCAGCUACUGCAGAGUGGGCAUCCCUUCAUGACCUUACCCAUGACUUACUCUGGAGCUCCAGGUGCCAUGCUGCAGGAACCCCUGAAGACCAGAGAUGCCAUAUUUCCCCCUGAACAAGCGGUCGAGGAUGAGGAGGUCGACUAUGAGGAAAUAGGAGUGGCCGACACCUUUGCAGCUUACUGGCCCAGCAAACUAAAGUUCGGAAGGGCCCAUCCCGAUGCCGUGGUGGAGACGGCCACUCUAUCGUCGGUUGAGCUGCCCGACAUAACCUACGAGUUGGCCCUGCCGGCGAAGACCACCGAAUGCUUGAGUGCCCUGCAGCUGGAGGCGGUGGUCUAUGCCUGUCAGGCCCACGAGCAGAUCCUGCCAAGUGGAGAACGAGCCGGAUUCCUGCUGGGCGAUGGAGCUGGCGUGGGCAAAGGUCGCACCAUUGCGGGCAUCAUAUUCGAUAACUACGUGAAGGGCCGAAAACGCGCCCUUUGGGUGUCCGUCUCCAAUGACCUCAAGUUCGAUGCAGAGCGGGAUCUGGGCGAUAUAGGGGCACACGAAAAGGUCAGUGUGGCAGCCAUCAGCAAGUUCAAGUACAGCCGCAUUGAUUCCGAUGAGAAUGAAAACUUCAAGCGUGGUGUGAUAUUUUGCACUUACACCGCUUUGAUCGGAGAAUCGCUGACGGCCAACUCGAAGUACAAGACUCGUCUCCGCCAGCUGGUCCAUUGGCUUGGCAAAAAGUUCGAAGGCGUGAUUGUCUUCGAUGAGUGCCACAAGGCCAAGAAUCUCAGUCUGAUGAAUGUGGGUAAGUCCACCAAGACGGGCACGACUGUACUGGAGCUGCAGAAGCUGUUGCCAAAGGCCAGAGUGGUCUAUGCCUCGGCCACAGGAGCCAGUGAGCCCCGGAAUAUGGCCUAUAUGGUGAGACUGGGCCUCUGGGGUCCUGGUACCGCCUAUCCGGAGUUCUACGAAUUCGUGAACGCCGUGGAGAAGCGCGGCAUAGGAGCCAUGGAAAUCGUAGCUAUGGAUAUGAAGCUCAGAGGUACCUACAUAGCUCGUCAACUGAGCUUCAAGGAUGUGAGCUUUCGCAUCGAGGAGGUGACCAUGCCGAAGGAGUUUCGCAAGAGCUAUAAUUUGUCUGCCGAACUCUGGGCGGAGAUAAACAAGAAGUUCCAGAAGGCCUGUCGCCUGAUGUGCAUCGAGAAUAGGGUGCAGAAGAUCAUAACCUGCCAGUUCUGGUGCGCCCAUCAGCGUUUCUUCAAGAACCUGUGCAUCGCCUCCAAGGUGAAUCACGUGGUCAAGAUGACGCGGCAGGCGACUCGAAUGGGCAAGGCGGUGGUCAUUGGCCUUCAGUCUACGGGGGAGUCGCGCACGUUGGAACACCUGGAACGUCAUCAUGGUAAACUGAACACCUUUGUCUCCACCUCCAAGAUGAUCAUCCAGUCGUUCGUGGAGAAGCACUUCCCAGCUCCCAAACGCGACUCCUUUCACCAUCUACUGAAUACGGGUGAGUUCGAGCCGGAGGCACGUUCCCGCCCAUCCAAACCUAAGCGGUCAAAAAUGAAUCCCGAUUGGUUCGACGAUGAUAUGGAUGCCGAGGCGGGCGAGAGCGACAUCGAGAUGUACGAGAGCAGUUGGACUGCCGAUGAUGAUCGCAUCAAGUCCGGACGAAAGCGGCGAGGACGACCGCCCAAGGCGGACAAAGUGGAGAAGGUUACCAUGCAGGAGCGCAUCCUGCAGCAUCUAUGCAAUAAUAUGAAAGCCCAGGAUAACGAAGGCGAACCCAGCUACACAUUCGACAAUACGAAGCCCCAAAAGGCAAAUAUCACAGAGCGGGAUGUAGAACGCUGCAUCAAUAUGCGCGAAAUGCUACUGGAGAAGAUCGAGAUUCUGGGCAAGAGGUUGCCGCCCAACACGCUGGACAAACUAAUCUCCGAGCUGGGUGGCACCAAUUUGGUGGCAGAGAUGACGGGCCGCCGUGGCAGAGUGGUGCGCACGGAGUACGAUGGCUACAAGUAUGAACCCCGUUGCGAGAAUGACACCUCGAUGGACCUGGUCAAUUAUCGGGAGAAGCAGCGCUUCAUGGAUGGCAGCAAGCACGUGGCCAUCAUCUCUGAGGCGGCCUCCAGUGGAAUAUCUCUGCAGAGUGACAAGAGGGUUUCCAACCAGCGGCGUCGUCUGCACAUCACUUUGGAACUCCCAUGGAGUGCGGAUAGAGCCAUCCAGCAAUUUGGGCGCACCCAUCGCUCCAAUCAGGUGAACUCACCCGAAUAUGUAUUUGUGAUCACGGAUCUGGCUGGUGAGCGCCGCUUUGCCUCCACGGUGGCCAAGAGACUGGAGAGCUUGGGCGCCCUUACCCAAGGCGAUCGUCGUGCCACCGAUGCCCGUGAUCUCUCCCAGUUCAAUAUCGACAAUAGCAUCGGACGCAGUGCUCUGGAGAAUGUGAUGCAACAGCUGACCAACGAUAAGCCACUGGACCAGAGUCAAGUGCCUCAAUCCUACAAAGGAGACUUCCUCUACGAUUGCUGUGUGGCCAUGGCCGGCGUGGGCAUGAUCAAUGUGCGGGAGGAGAACAAGGUCAAAUUGUUCACCGUGGAGAAGGAUAGCAAUAAUAUCUCCAAGUUCCUGAACCGCAUUCUCGGCUGCCGUGUGGAAGUACAGAAUGCCCUUUUCAAAUUCUUUCUGGACAAGAUGUACUCACUGAUCAUGCAGAUGAAGCGCACAGGACGCUUUGAUCUGGGUAUUUUAGACCUGGAUGCCCAUGGAGCCAGUGUCAAGUCCAUCAAGCUGAUGAGGUUCAUCAGGAAGCACGCCACUGGAACAGCGGCCACCGAGCUCCAUACGGUGACAGUGGAACGUGGCAUGUCCUUUGAGACAGCCCUAGCCAAAUACCGAAAGGAGGCCCAACACGAGCACGAAGGCUUCUAUAUUCUACAGCAGCUGCGCCAAAACAAGAACUCCUCAAUUUUGUGCCUGCAAGCACCGUCCAAUUCAGCGGAUGUAUCAAACGGGAAGAUCAAUUUGCAGAUCUACCGCCCCAAUACUGGUCCCCAAGUGCGUUUGGAGACACACGGCUCCAUUUCAUCACGCUAUGUGAAGGUGAGCCCGGAAGAGGCCCAGAAAUACUGGGUGCAGCAGUACAACCUGUGCCUGAACAUGUGCUCCCACGUCUACUGGAAUCGCACCUGUCCCAUCCCGACGGGCUGUGAAGUGGGACUCCGGAUGCGCACCUACCACGUGCUCUCGGGGUUGAUGCUACCGAUUUGGGACCGGAUCGAGCUGAUUAUCGAGAAGAACGGACACAAGAUCCAGAUCAUACGCGUGAAGACCGAUGUGAACAAGAAGAUUGUGGGCACGGUGGUGCCGCAUGCCGUCUACGAUGCCCUGGUGGCCGAUUUGUCCACGGAUUCCAUCGUGGAGAGCCAUUAAAAUGACACCGCCCACUGUACGAUACAGCAUACAGCAUAAGGCACUUCUAUUGCCACUUUAAAAAUAUCAACCCAAAUUGUGGCAUUCAAUGCAAUACAUGUGGCGUAAGCUUUCGCUUUUUCCAAAUUCCAGGCACGCUCCACCAGAUCCACCAGCUCCGCCCAGGAGGAGCAGCCCGCCCAUGUUCCCGGCCAUAAACAAUGGCCACAGAAGCACAUACGGGAAGACACUUACAGCUCGUCUGCGUGCGUAUGUGAUUCAUAUGUAUUGUCUGCUAUGCUGCGGGGUCUGCUUCACAUACACCAAAAAAAAAAUAAAGACUCCCGAAAAAAUUCGUUUUGUUUUUUAUAUAUUAA